AAUUGUUCUUCUCAAAGACUAUAAAAGAAUAUAUCAUAGAGGCUUCAAGUGAAAAUAGGUUAAUACUUACAUUAUCCGAGUUAGAAAUUUUUAUAGGCAUAAUAAUUUUAUCAACUUUUAAUAAACGUACGUCCGAAAGAGAUUUUUGGUCCACUGAUCCGUUGUUAGAAUGUCCCAUUGUUAGCUCAUUAAUGUCUCGAAAUCGUUUUUCAGAUAUAAAAUCAGGAUUAAAAUGUGCAAAAAAAAAGGAUGAAAAUGUAGAAGAUUCUUCUUGGAGAGUAAGAAAGAUUUUGGAGUUAUUUAAAAGCAACACAAAGCACUAUGGCUAUUUUCAAACCGCACUUGCCGUUGACGAAAUUAUGGUAAAAUUUAAAGGGCGUUUACACUUUAGGCAAUUCAUCAGAAAUAAGCCAGUUCGAUUUGGCAUUAAAUUUUGUGGGCUCUGUGUGGCUCUGAUGGAUAUCUGUACGAAUGCGACAUUUACUGCGGAAAGAAUUCGAAAAAAGAUGAAAUUUUAGCAAAUUGAGCUUUAGGAAGUAGAGUAGUCAUAAAUAUGACAGAAAAUUUGCUAUUGGAAACAUCUCGACGAAAACUGGAGCAAUAUCAUCUGUACUUCGAUAAUUUAUUUUCGUGUCCAGAUUUGAUCAUUCAUUUGCACAAAAUUGGUUUAAAAGCUACUGGAACUGUGAGACAAAAUCGAGUUAAAGAGAAAAAUAAGUUGGAGAAAAAUGUUCCACGAGGAACAAUGAAAGUAAAACAAGAGAAAAAUAGUGGCCUUAAUUAUAUUACUUUAAUGGAUUCGACAGAAGUAUCGCUACUUUCAACUGCUGCUGGUGUCAGUCCAAUACAAAAUGUUAAACGCUACUCAAAAGAUAAAAGAAGUAAAGAUGAUAUUGAAACGCCGCUUGCGUUUGCCAUUUACAAUAAAUAUAUGGGCGGGGUCGACAUACACGAUCAGUAUUGUGGUACUUUAUUACCAAUUUUUAAAAGCAAAAAAUGGACUUGGGUAAUAUUGAUGCGCCUAGUUCAAUCGUCCAUUGCAAAUGCAGUUAUUCUAUUCAAUACAGUGCAAUAAAAUGAUAAAAAAGUGUCUGCUAAAAAUUUUGCAAUCGAUAUAGCAAGAAGCUAUUUAAAAAAAGAAAGCACUAGUGCAUUAAAAAACCAUACAAUAAAUAGCCAAAAAAAGAGAAAAUACUCCUCAAGUGACACUUGCAAAAUUAGAACAUAUUUAUGUUGUGAAAAUUGUCACAAAUCAUUUUGCAAAGACUGUUUUGCAAAAUUUCACACAUGAUAUUUUAAAUUUUAUUUUAGAUUUUUAAGCAAGCUUUUAAACAUUUUAUAAAUAAAAAAACAAAAACAAAAAAAACAAGACUCUUUUCUUACGUUCACCUCCACGCGGUAAGAAUCGGGCAACGUCAGUUGAA